UGUCCACCCACCACCACCAGUCCAGCUCAGUCACCACCAAUCAAGAAUCGCCACGUCACCACCCUGCCCUCACCCUCUCUUCUCCUAAAAGUCACAGACCCUGAGCCCCAGCACAGCUCACUCCCACAACACAACACUAGCCACGCCACCAUCUAGCGAUGCCAGAAUCUCUGUUCGAGGACUAAAAAGAUAAAAAUCCCCGCUUUUUUUUUUUUUUUUUCUUUUUCAGCUAAUGCCUUGUCGGCGACUCGUGAUUCACUCGCCAUAAUCUGACUCGUUUUGACUCACCGAUGGUCAGCUUCCGCGAUUACUGUCAAGCUCGAAAUUUGAAGUAAACGGAGCUGUUAGAAAGUUCGCUUUGUUGGUCUUAUGCAUUUUGAGGUUUAUUCAGAGUGACUUCUUUUGGGGUUGAAGAGAUGUAUGUAGUGCCGCCGCCGCAGCGAUCCGAUCCGGGAUCCAACAGUGAUUUGCGGGUUUACCAAACAUGGAAAGGCAGCAACAUAUUCUUUCUCCAGGGAAGGUUUAUAUUUGGACCAGAUGUAAGGUCACUGGGGCUGACUAUAUUCCUUAUCGUUGCUCCCGUUACAAUUUUCUGCGUUUUUGUUGCCAGAAAGCUGAUGGAUGACUUCUCUGACCACUUGGGAAUUUCAUUAAUGGUUGCUGCUGUCAUAUUUACUGUUUAUGUUUUAGUUCUUCUUCUGCUUACCUCUGGAAGAGAUCCGGGUAUAAUUCCACGUAAUGCACACCCUCCAGAGCCAGAAGGCCUUGAUGGUAGUGUAGACGCUGGAGCUGGCCAAACUCCACAGUUACGUUUGCCUCGCAUUAACGAAGUAAAUGUCAAUGGAAUGACUGUGAAAGUCAAGUAUUGUGAUACUUGCAUGCUUUAUAGAUCUCCACGCUGUUCACAUUGCUCAAUCUGCAAUAACUGUGUGGAAAGAUUUGAUCAUCACUGCCCUUGGGUCGGGCAAUGUAUUGGGCUGCGCAAUUACAGGUUCUUCUUCAUGUUCGUUUUCUCGACAACCCUCCUUUGUAUAUAUGUUUUUGCUUUCUGCUGGGUCUAUAUUCGGAGAAUAAUGGGAAUGGAGGAGACAACUAUUUGGAGAGCAAUGAUCAAGACCCCUGCCUCCAUUGUUCUCAUAAUAUACACGUUUAUAUCAAUGUGGUUUGUCGGGGGACUCACCGCCUUCCAUUUAUAUCUCAUCAGUACAAAUCAGACUACAUACGAGAAUUUCAGGUACAGAUAUGAUCGUCGAGCCAACCCUUAUAACAAAGGAGUGGUAGAAAACUUCAAAGAGAUAUUUUGUUCAACUAUCCCACCAUCCAAGAACAAUUUCAGGGCCAAGGUACCCCGGGAACCAGGGCUACCAACUCGAUCAGUUGGUGCAGGUUUUAUGAGUCCAAACAUGGGAAAAGCAGUGGAUGACAUAGAAAUGGGUAGAAAAACUGUAUGGGGGGACAUGGCCCCAGGAGCUGAUCAUGGCGAGGGUCAACUUGCUGACACCCGGGUAAACGUUAAGGAAGGUGAAUUAGGUGAAUUGUCCCCCGACAUUCGGACUACAGUUGAUGAAACAGUUGACCGUGCUGGAAUUCACCCUAGAAGGUCAAGUUGGGGAAGAAAGAGUGGAAGCUGGGAAAUGUCACCUGAAGUUCUUGCUUUAGCAGCUCGAGUGGGGGAACCAAACCGCACAGCCGGUGGUAGCAGCAGCAAUUUGUCAUCGGAAACCCGACACGCGUAACUAUAAGUUGUCCGCACACCCAGGGGUUAGCAACAGCAGCUUUUCAUCGACAACAGGUAACCUGUAACCAUAAAUCGUGACAGGUAAAGGGUAGAAAACGCGAAGGGGACUUGAUUCGGUGAAUAUGUAGGAUAAUUUACAUUUUCAUGGUUGCUCAUUCAACUUGAUUAUAUUAUGUGCAAUAUGGAGAACCCUCUUCUUUUUCUUCCUUCCCAAAGUGUUUGAAGGUUGUGUUUUUAGGAAGGAGUGGUGUGGUUUGUAUGAGGUUGAGUUUGAGCUUUUCUCAGUUUUGACUCUGUACUUGUGAAAUUAGUUUAGCAGCCUAAUUGGAUUUGAGUUGUGGAUUUAGCCUUCCCAUA